ACCAGCCAGAGGGGGACGUUAUCCAGUCAGGAUGAGUUCCCUGACCUCUGACCCUAACCAGACAGACAUCAACACCAUCAUCCGACCCCCUUACUUCUUCAUCAGUGGUUUCAUAGCCAUCCCCUACAUGAAGUACUACUACUGCUUCCUCUGUUUUGUAUACAUCAUCUCUCUGGUGGGCAACACCUUCGUCAUGACUGGCAUCUACGUGGACCGCAGUCUCCACAGCCCCAAGUACAUUGCUGUGUUCAACCUGGCCUUCACAGACGUGUGUGAAAGCACGGCCCUGGUUCCCAAGCUGCUGGACAUGUUCCUGUUCAACAGACAGCUCAUCUCCUACGACCAGUGUCUCACUAGCCUCUUCUUCGUCUUCCUCUUCAUCACCAUGCAGUCCUUCAACCUCACCAUCCUCUCCUAUGACAGACUGGUGGCCAUCUGCUGCCCGCUCAGGUACCACAUGAUGGUCACUCACAGGUCCAUGCUCCAGCUGACGGGCGCCGCCUGGACGUUUGCUGUGUUGAUGGUGUUGAUCUCUGUGUGUCUCAUCACCCGGCUCUCUUUCUGUAGGUCUCUGGUGAUCAACAGCUACUUCUGUGACCACGGUCCCCUGUUCCGUCUGGCGGCCCCCUGUUCUGAUGUGGUCCCUAACGUAGCGAUGAGCCAAAUCAACACCUGUAUAGUUCUCUAUCUCCCAAUGAUCUUCAUCGUAUCCUCCUACAUCUGUAUAACACACGCCCUGUUCACCAUCACACUGCCCCAGGACAGACUCAGAGCCAUAAAGACAUGUACCUCACACCUAAUACUGGUGGCCAUAUUCUUCCUGCCUGUUAUUUUCACAUACGUCCUCCACCCCAUCAUACCAACCGACGCCCGGAUCAUCAACCUCUCCCUGACCUCAGUACUGCCACCAAUGCUCAACCCCAUCAUAUACGUUCUGAAGACGGAGGAGUUUAAGGUAUCGGUCAAGAAGCUGCUCAGAAGAGGGGCCCAGAGAGCUGUGACGCAGGUCAAACCAACAUGAAGUCCUUUAAUUAUUUCUCUUAAAAAUAAUAUAUUUACAGUGCCUUCAGAAAGGUUUCAUACCUAAACAGUCAUUUUCAAGUCUUGCCAUAGAUUUUUAGAUUUAAGUCAAAACUGUAACUAAGCCACUCAGGAACAUUCGCUAUCAUCUUGCUAAGCAACGGCAGUGUAUAUUUGAUCUUAUGCUUUCGGGUAUUGUCUUGCUGAAAGGUGAAUUUGUCUCCCAGUGUCUUUAGGAAAGCAGACUGAAGCAGGAUUUCCUUUAGGAUUUAGCCUGUGCUUAGUUUCUUUUUAUCCUAAAAAACUCUCUAGUCCUUGCCGAUGACAAGUAUAUCCAUAACAUGUUGCAGCCACCACCAUGCUUGGAAAUAUGCGGUACUUAGUGAUGUGUUGGAUUUGUCUCAACCAUAACACUUUGUUUUCAGGAAAUAAAGUUCAUUUCUUAGCCAUUUCUUUUUACAGUUUUACUUUAGUGCCUUAUUGAAAACAGGAUGCCUGUCUUGGAAUAUCUUUAUUCUGUACUGACUUCCUUCUUUUCACUCUGUCAUUUAGGUUUGUAUUGUGGAGUAACUACAAUGUUGUUGAUCCAUCCUCACUUUUCUCCUAUCACACCCAUUAAACUCUUAACUGUUUUAAGGUCACCAUUGGCCUCAUGGUGAAAUCCCUGAGCGGUUU